GUUUGCUCAGACUGUCCUUCCUCUCUGGACUGUAAGAAUAUGUCUCCAGAGCCAGUGUCUUCGGAGAUCGAGCGCCACCUCCCAAGUCCUGGCAUCUCAAUGCAUCUGGGAAGCUACCUCCAUUAAGUCAGGACCAAGCACACAAGUGAGCCCCAGAAAGAAGAAGUGAUGGCUGCAGUGAUACUGGAGAGCAUCUUUCUGAAGCGCUCACAGCAGAAAAAGAAAACAUCACCUUUAAACUUCAAGAAGCGUCUCUUUCUUUUGACUAUGCACAAACUUUCCUACUAUGAGUAUGACUUUGAACGUGGGAGAAGAGGCAGUAAGAAGGGUUCAAUAGAUGUUGAGAAGAUCACCUGCGUUGAAACAGUGGUUCCUGAAAAAAAUCCUCCCCCUGAAAGACAAAUUCCGAGAAGGGGUGAAGAGUCCAGUGAAAUGGAACAGAUUUCAAUCAUUGAAAGGUUUCCUUAUCCUUUCCAGGUUAUAUAUGAUGAAGGACCUCUCUAUGUUUUUUCCCCAACUGAAGAACUGAGAAAGCGUUGGAUUCAUCAGCUCAAAAAUGUAAUCCGAUACAACAGUGAUCUGGUACAGAAAUACCACCCUUGCUUCUGGAUCGACGGGCAGUAUCUUUGCUGCUCUCAGACAGCCAAAAAUGCUAUGGGCUGCCAAAUUUUGGAGAACAGGAAUGGAAGCUUAAAACCUGGGAGUUCUCACCGAAAGACAAAAAAACCUCUUCCCCCCACACCGGAGGAGGACCAGAUCUUGAAAAAGCCACUGCCCCCUGAGCCAACAGCAGCACCAGUCUCCACAAGCGAGCUGAAAAAGGUUGUAGCCCUUUAUGAUUAUAUGCCGAUGAAUGCAAAUGACCUUCAGCUGAGGAAGGGUGAUGAGUAUUUUAUCCUGGAGGAGAGCAACCUACCAUGGUGGCGAGCACGAGAUAAAAAUGGGCAGGAAGGCUACAUUCCUAGUAAUUAUGUCACUGAAGCAGAAGACUCCAUAGAAAUGUAUGAGUGGUAUUCCAAACACAUGACCCGGAGUCAAGCUGAGCAACUACUAAAGCAAGAGGGGAAAGAAGGAGGUUUUAUUGUCAGAGACUCCAGCAAAGCUGGAAAAUAUACUGUGUCGGUGUUUGCUAAAUCUACAGGGGACCCUCAAGGGGUGAUACGCCAUUAUGUUGUGUGUUCCACACCUCAGAGCCAGUAUUACCUGGCUGAGAAACACCUUUUCAGCACCAUUCCUGAGCUCAUUAAUUACCAUCAGCAUAACUCUGCAGGACUCAUAUCUAGGCUGAAAUAUCCAGUGUCUCAAAAAAACAAGAAUGCACCUUCCACUGCAGGCCUGGGCUACGGAUCAUGGGAAAUUGAUCCAAAGGACCUGACCUUCUUGAAGGAGCUUGGAACUGGACAAUUUGGAGUAGUAAAGUAUGGGAAAUGGAGAGGUCAAUAUGAUGUGGCCAUCAAGAUGAUCAGAGAAGGCUCCAUGUCUGAGGAUGAGUUCAUUGAAGAAGCCAAAGUCAUGAUGAAUCUUUCCCACGAGAAGCUGGUGCAGUUGUAUGGCGUCUGCACCAAACAGCGCCCCAUCUUCAUCAUCACUGAAUACAUGGCUAAUGGCUGCCUCCUGAACUACCUGAGGGAGAUGCGCCACCGCUUCCAGACUCAGCAGCUACUGGAGAUGUGCAAGGAUGUCUGUGAAGCCAUGGAAUACCUGGAGUCAAAGCAGUUCCUUCAUCGAGACCUGGCAGCUCGAAACUGUUUGGUAAAUGAUCAAGGAGUUGUAAAAGUAUCUGACUUUGGCCUGUCCAGGUAUGUCCUGGAUGAUGAGUACACCAGCUCAGUAGGCUCCAAAUUUCCAGUUCGGUGGUCUCCACCAGAAGUCCUUAUGUAUAGCAAGUUCAGCAGCAAAUCUGACAUUUGGGCUUUUGGGGUUUUAAUGUGGGAAAUUUACUCCCUUGGGAAGAUGCCAUAUGAGAGAUUUACUAACAGUGAGACCGCUGAACACAUCGCCAAAGGCCUACGUCUCUACAGGCCUCAUCUGGCUUCAGAGAGAGUAUAUACCAUCAUGUACAGCUGCUGGCAUGAGAAAGCAGAUGAACGUCCCACUUUCAAAAUUCUCCUGAGCAACAUUCUAGAUGUUAUGGAUGAAGAAUCUUGAGCUGGCCAAUAAGCUUCUUAGUUCUACUCCUGUCCUCCACAGCCCCAAAUUCAUUUUCUCUGAAGAAAUCCCAGGCUUGCAGGCUCUGGAGCCUUUAGUCUCCCACUGGAUACACAAAGGCUCUUCUACAUGUAGAAAUGUAACACCUUUUCUUUGAUUUCCCUGGGAUAGUGCUUCUGAGUAAAGGCCAAGGAGUUUCUGUGCCUGGUAUUAACCCCACACACACUCACACAAACCCCCCCCCCCCCCCAGAGAGAAAAUUACCCAAAACUAUUAAGACAGACUGAAUUUGGGAAGGAAAUUUGGGGAGGAGGGAGGCAUGUAAAUAAUCUUGCAGGGGGUCCAAUAGCUCUUUGGUAGGCAUUAGAGCUUGGGGGUGGGGUAGAAUUUGGCAGGAAUGAAAUGGUGUCAAAAAAGUGAAGGAGUGUUUUGAUAAAAUAAAAUUACUGGA